UCAGGAUUUGUGGCUGUGUUUGGUGAUAGCACGUGUCUUGAAAUCGGUACGAGUUCCGAGACAAAAAGUUGCACAUUUUUGUUAGAAGCACUUCUUGAAAGCGCAUUGGAAGGUGACCUGAUUGAAUCCAUGCGACAUGCUUUACGACCGAAUGGCUUAAAUACCUCGCAGAAAUAUGCACAAACUUUGCCGCCACCAAAGCGAAUUACUACUUCGAAUUUCGCGAAAUAUUCAAAGGUAGUAAUGAACUUCACAGCUGAUGCGCAACCAAUCUAUCGAAAGGAGCCGGAAUGUAGAACGCUUUCAAGUGCUGCAUCACAACCGAUUGCUAACGCUACUCUUUCGUCGUAA